UAACCUAAAAAACCGUUUUUCCACCGGAAGAAGACUCUCGCGCCAUUUUCUUCAUUAAUUCAUUAGACGCCGCGUGCCUUACCGCAUCUCCAGUUUUUCAAUCGUGAACCCAAAAUGGCAGGAGCUAACCAGAACCCCCUUUGGCAUGGAAUGAAUCUGGAUGAGAUUAACUACCGUAUCAUCGGUCCCGGUCUCGCUCUAUUCAGUGACGAAUCUCUUGAGAAGAUCCGCGUGUUCAACGAGACUAUCAUAAGGCAGAAUUUACCAUCGGAGAACGGCUUGUUCUACAGAGUGCUGACCCACGACUUGGAAGUGGUGAACUUUGAGCUGUGGAGAAGGAAUCAUGAAUCAGUCAUGGUCGAGUUGCAAUUCCGGACCAACUCGCACGAGCAAAAGAGCUACACCAAACUGGCCAAGAUUUUCAAUAAGGGUCCGUCCCGCAGGAGCGGCCCCCCAAGCGGCAGAUCCCUUUGAAUAAAUCGUUUCUGAUUUUUUUUGUAAGUUUACAUUCGUACCUGAGAUGUAAAUAUUAAUAUUAUAAAGUUUUGUAACCAAAAUGCCCUUAUUUGAUUAAGCAACUGUAAAAGUUUUUUUUUUGUGUUAAAUGUUCAAUGUUUUUGUAAGUUUUCUGUAUUAAUUUGGUAUCAAUAAAGGCUUCAGAAAGGUU